UAUUCAAUUUUUCUCCAACCAAGCCCAUGUCGGGGAGUUAAUCGAAUUGUGGAUUUCAUGUUGAAGCUCCUCCAUUUUGUCCGUGUGUUGUUCCUCUAGCAGCGAGCAGUGUCUGCCAGCUUGGUUUUAUUUCUGUGAUAUUUUUCUUUCGGAGUUGGUUAUACUGUAGAGAUAUUCUACCAUAAUUGUGAAACUAAAAUUGAAAUCGAAUGUAUUUUUGUAGAACAAAACACGAAGAUUAGUGUUAAUUGGCUUAUUUAAAGUUGCGGGUGGAGGACGCGAAUCGGAGGUGGACAUUGAAAUGAUCGUUUACUAGUUCCCUGGAGCAGCCGAUAACAUCAAUGAGUUCGGUUGCAAGCGGAGAAGCAAGCCUAAAACAAAGUGUCGAAGCCGAAGAAAACAAUUGCAAAGAUUUAAAAUUUUAACAACAGUGAAACGGUAAUCAGAUAGAAAAAGAAAACGUGCGUCGGACAGCUAAAGUGUUUGUUCUUGGUGAAAAAAAUGGGUGAGGUGAAGAUUCAGGUGUUCCGGCCAACAUGGGAAGAGUUCAAGGAUUUCCCGAAGUAUAUCGAAUAUAUCGAGUCGCAGGGAGCACACCGCGCAGGAUUGGCGAAGAUUAUUCCACCACCGGAAUGGAAACCGAGGAAAAACGGCUACGACCUCGAUGGACUUAAUAUAACGAUUCCGGCGCCUAUUUGCCAGGUCGUUGCCGGGAAGCAAGGCCUGUACCAACAGAUCAACAUACAGAAGGGUUCACUUACAGUGAAACAGUUCUCUGAAUUAGCGAAUACGGAAAGGUAUGCUACCCCAAAGCAUUUCGAUUUCGAGGAUUUGGAACGGAAAUACUGGAAAAACAUUACAUACGUUGCGCCGAUCUAUGGCGCUGAUGUCUGCGGAAGUAUAACGGACGAUGAUUGCAAUAUCUGGAAUAUAAAUCGCCUUGGGACUAUCCUGGACUACGUCAACCAGGACUAUGGCAUCUCAAUCGACGGAGUUAACACGGCGUAUCUCUAUUUCGGCAUGUGGAAGACAACGUUUGCAUGGCACACCGAGGACAUGGAUUUGUACUCGAUCAACUAUUUGCACUUUGGUGCACCGAAAACGUGGUACGCCGUUCCUCCUGAGCAUGGUCGCAAAUUGGAAAAGUUGGCCAACAGUUGCUUCCCGGCAAGUUUCCAAACGUGCGCGGCCUACUUGCGUCACAAAAUGACCCUCAUUAGUCCUCAGAUCUUGAAGCAACACAACAUCCCGUUCGACAAGAUUACACAGGAAGAGAAUGAAAUUAUGAUAACUUUUCCAUUCGGGUACCAUGCUGGGUUCAAUCACGGGUUCAACUGCGCGGAAUCGACCAACUUCGCGCUGCCUCGUUGGAUCGAAUACGGAAAGCGAGCUACCCAGUGCUACUGUAGUUCCGAUAUGGUCAAGAUUUCGAUGGACACCUUUGUCAAGCGUUUCCAACCGGAUAAAUACGAAGCUUGGAUGAAUGGGACGGACUUUGGUCCGCAUCCGGAGGAUCCAUCGCACAUUGUUGGACCGCCGCCACGUGUUAUAGAUUGUGAUAAAGAUGAGGGCAUUGAAUCGUUCACGGAGGAAGGGGAGAUAACCCCGAUGAAGAAAGCAUGCAACAUUGCCACCACAAAUAUACGGAAAAUGUCGUUCAAAGAGAAGAAUCCAGAUUUGGAUUUGAACGAUAUUCAAAACAAUCCACACAUUCCCGACGACGUGAAGAUGGUCUUGAGUGGUGCGCUGGUGGCAGAUGACGCAGAUGAUGACGUCGAAGAGGUGUCACCAGGCAAAUCGGACGCUGGCUCAGAUAGCUUCAAAUCUUCUUCUUACGAUCCGUUCGGUUCCGAGGACGAUGACGACGACGAGUUCAGCACAAAAGGCAGGAAACGCAAGAAGAAGAAGGCAGGCAGUGACUACGAUGACGAUUGGUAUUCGUCUCAGGGUAGAUCCAGACGAGUAUCGUCGCCUAGAAAACGACUGUCCAGAGAGCAACAGGCUGCCAAGGUUGAGCGCGAAAAGCAACGGAUGGAUCGUCGGGCUAAGCUAGAGGAAAAACGCAAACGACGAGAAGAGGAGAAGAAAGUCCGUGAUGAGGAACGUGAACGAGAACGCAGCCAACGGAUGGAGAAGAAGGAACGAGAACGCCUGGAGAAGAAAGAACAGCGUGAAAGAAACGUGUCAGACUCGAAGAAGAAAGUCAUGGACAGGAUUAAAGAUCGCAUGAACAACGGAAUAAGAUCGCCCAAAAAGUCAAUCAACGGCGCGUCGCCGGCGAUGAAAAAGCUGAUAAAAGAGCUCCCACCGCAAUUGAAAAUGUUGGAGCCCCACAAGAAGUUCGAAGGAUCGGAUGAAACUUAUCAGCAAAUCAAAAAAGAACCGCUAGAACUGGAUAUAAAAUCGGAAUCUUUCGAUUUUAACGGUGGCUUGAUGAAAAUCAAAUCCGAACCAGAAGAUGAGUAUGACAUGGAGCUUGAACCAGGCGAGAUUAAAUUAGAGCCAAAUGGAGAGUUUCCAGUGAAGAUCAAAUCGGAACCAGUGGAAAAACGAAAGUUGACCAUGGAAGAGCUGAUGGCACAACGUUCCAGGUUCCGCCGAAAGCGAACUCCAUACAACCGUCAGCAGUUGGUAGAACUAGAAAAACAUUUUGCCGUUCAUCAGUUUGUGAACUAUAAACAACGUGUCAAAAUAGCGAAUAUCCUUGAGUUGACUGAAAGACAGGUUAAAGUAUGGUUCCAAAACAGGAGAGCAAAGGACAAACGAAUAGAAGCCGGACUUACAUCUCCCUGGUCCCAGUCAAGAUGGACUAUUGGAGGUGGUAACAUGACUCCGCCCAUCAUGCGCAGUAAAUCGACAGAGAAAGCAAAGAAACCACCGGCUUCGUCAAUAGAGUAUGGAGAAAUCAAAAGAGAGAAUGACUGUGGCGACGGAGACGUGGUCAUUGUGGAGAAACAUAACAGGACGGAUAAAAUCCGCCAAAAACGUACUAACUUUACAACCGAGCAACUGGAAAUAUUGGAGAAGGAAUUUACCGAUAAAAAGUAUCUCAACUUCCUCGAGCGGUGUCAACUGGCACUAGAGCUGAAGCUUACUGAACAACAGGUGCAAGUGUGGUUCCAAAACCGGCGCUCCAGGUGGAAGAAGGUAUCACCUGACAAUGAUGGACCCGAAAACAGCAGGUACGUCAGCCUCCGUGGUUCGUACGGUAAUGAAAAUCAAAGCCACACACCGGUGAAAAUCAAAGACGAACCCGCGUGGGAGGAAAACGAUGAACCUUUGGAUUACUCUGGCCUGCAGCCAAUAAGCAACACCACGUCGCCAGUGUUUUAUCAAAUGAAAUCAGAUCCUGAUCAGCUCAUAGAUCAGCCGGUAAUCGAGAAGUCCGAGCUCUCAAUGAUCAGUGAUGCCAUUCGAGCAUUAUCUGGCACCGAUGAAGAUCUCCAUCGCCAGGAGAACGUGUACAAUAAUACUGUUCCAGGUGCUGGAGCUGUAAAGUUAGAGCCAACUUCGCCAGUAGAUAAAUCUCCCGAAUAUAUUUCGUUUUAUUCGAACACCACUCAUGACGUUGAUCCUGACAUUAUGGAUCUUUCCAUUUCUACAAGAGUGGCAGCACAAACCAAUCAUCAGUCAAGUUCGCCUAAUAGUGGUGGCGAUGUAUCAGACGAUAUAAAAAUCGAAGAAAAUUCGAUUGACGGUGGAAAUGCAGAUAAAAAGGAGGAAUCUACGAUGAAUGUACAAAAACCGAAUAGUGCAGAAUGCGAAUCAUUGCCUCGUUUAGAUGAAUCCAAACAGGCCGAAGUACAAGAACAACAUAACUCAGUUGAUAGCAGUCCUGACACAUCAUCUGUUGUUGCCAUAAAAAUUGAAAAAGAUUUGGCUGACGUUUCCAAGGAAGAAACCCCCAUGGAUACAACAGACUCUAAAAUCCCUACAACUGAACCUGACACUGAUGAACCUAACCAGCCCGAAGAAAAACAUCGUUCACUUGAUAGCAGUCCUGACUCAUCAUCUGCCAUUGCCAUAAAAAUUGAAGACGAUUCGGCUGAUGUUUCGAAGGAAACUCUUAUGGAUACCACAGAAUCUAAAAUCCAACCAGAAGAACCUUUGGAUACUGAGGAAAAUUGUACUGAAGAAAGUAACAAAAAACCAGAGGAACUCGAAGCCGUUCCAAUAAAAGUGGAAAAAGAUUUAACUGAUGAUGUCUCUGUGGACGAAUCAAAGAAGACUGUGGUUAAUCCUGAUGCUGUUGAUGAAGCCUCUGUGGGCGAAUCAAACAAAGCUGUGGAUAAUUCUGAACCAGAACUAGCAGAACCCAUGGAUGUUGAUAGCGAGCCGCGUAAUGAUAUUGAAGGUACUGAAAAGUUACCUUCGUCACCUCAAAAUUCAGCUACAACGAAUGAGGGAUGCCAAGAUGCUAAUGAUAGCGUACCAUCAAGCGUUAAAUUAGAAGCAGACAGUUCAAUUGAGUCAAAAACCUCUGUAGAAAGUGCACCAUCUAACGUAGAAACAGAUACCGCAAAAGCAAGCGAGGAUUCCCUAGAUGAAAAAUUAGACGUAGAAACUGAAACAGUCGGUAUAAAGCAAGAAACUACCGAUGGCGCUUCGGCAUCCGAUGAAUCCAUUCUUUCGACAAACGAUCUCAACAAUGCAAAUGUACAGGCUGAGUCUAAGGACAGUUCAACCGUUGAGUCGGAAAGCCCUUCAGUAGACAACGCCGAAUCAGUAUCUGUUCCGGAAACAAAGGAUGAUUCUAAACUGGAAUCUAGUGAUACGAAACAAAAGCCUGACGAUGAUGGUUCGAAAACCCCACAGGAUGUCGCUCUUUCCGAGACUAAAGAAUCCGAAACUACCACAGAAGAAUCACAGCCUGUAGCAGCUGUCGGGGACGAUUCUAAGGAAGACAAAACGGACGUAGCUGUAGCAAAGCCGGACGAUAACACCGUAACAAAUCAAGACGAGGAACCGCUAAAAACAGAGUCCACUGACGAUGCAUACCCAGCGCUACCAGUUCCUGUAGAAGAACCAUCGAUCAAAUGUAAUGGAAGCGACUGAAUGAUUUGGAAGACUGCGCGAGUAGAAGCAAAUGCGAUUAUGUGAUUAGAUUUUUUAUUUUCUUAGUUUAUUUCAGUAUUUUUAUGGAAAAUGUAUUUCCUUAUAUUUUUGGAAAUUGUGUCAGCGAAAUCGUUUCGAAUAAUUCUGUGAAUAAGUUUAACGCUUGGGAAGCUCAAGCAAUCGUUUAUGUUAGAUUCAGGCUCGCACUGUUUGAAGCAUUCAAGUGCGAGAUUUCUCAUCGUGUAUUAGUGUUUCUUUUAAAAAAUGAACUAUGCUAAUUAUGAAAGUGGUUUUAAAUCGUUUAGUACAAUAUAUUGGAGUCGGCAUUCAUUUCGGGAAAUAUGAUUCACCGGCGUGUUUAUUUCUCUGUCCACAGAACCAGUAUGAAAUUAGUGUAAAUGUUCAAUUAAGAUUCGAGAGCCACUUAAUAUAUAAUCAUCACAUUAGACAUGUUCGUAGGCGUAAGUUUAGAUGUUCAUCGGAACUGAUACAUCACGAUUCACAAACGUAAUAAAAAUCAUACAAUUGUAACGAAA